UUUUUCUGUAAAGAUGGAUGUGUAUACUUCAAACAGCAGACACAUUAUCCUUCUUUUAAAAGCUGUGGAUUACUUCAGCACCAUUUCAUGUAGUAAGCAGUUCAUAUUUAUUAAUGUUGUAUAUUUUGUAUAUAUAUUACUUGCACUUUUUUAUUACAUUUCAGCUUUUCUAAACUGAAAAAUGCCUAAUCAGGUUUGUCUUUUGUAAAUUUCACACUGUUUAAACAUUUCCUGAAGUGGCAGAAUCUGUUUAUAUCAGGGGCAUAAAAUUUUGAUGGUGAAGUUUUACAGCCAUGCAGUUGUUUUAUGCAUCAGACAGCCAUAAGACAUGAUUUGCAUUCCUCUCUGUAUGUAAAUUUACUCAUUUUAUCUAUAGCCAUGUUUGAGCUCUGUUGAUUUGUUUUAUCUUGUUCAUUUUUUUAUUACUUUAACACACACUUUUGUAUAGUGUGCACUCCCAUGUCUUUUACAGCUUUGUAACUACUGAUGUGGAAAAUUGAACUUCUUUACAGCUCAGUGUAUUCAGCCAAAGCUUUCCAAAUCUGUUUGCCUUCUGUUGUGAUGAUUACUAUAGAAAAUUUUUAUUUGUGAACCACUGUUGUCAAUAAAUGUAUAAUGAAGCUACAGUAUUUUUGUAUUAUGUAACCCACGAAUAAAGAGCAUUUGUUUCUCUUUUCUUUUUUCCUUUUUAUUAUUGUGUUCAAAUGAACUGCUGUAUUUAGCCUGUAUGAGGUUCCCAGUCAUUAAACACAAACUUUGACUAAAUGCCAGUAAAAUGAACAAGUAUAAAGUCAAUGUCAUAUUUUUGAAAGCACUAUUUUUUUUCUUUUAUAAUGGGGAAAAUAAAUUCUUUACGCUCUUAAAAUAAACCAAAACGUCUUCUUUGUACUGUGUCACCGAUAUACUAUUAAUUUUCUAUUUAAAUUUGAGCAGUUUGCAUUUUUUUUUCAGCGUUAGAUUCUUUUCUGCCUCACAUUUCUCGCGAGAGUUGGGGAAUUACGUUUACGGAAGUUUACGUUCUGUUUUACCAAAACGUGCUGCUACUGGGUAGCAGCCGGUAGCAGCUCGCUUGCUAUGCUCAUACCUAGCAAUUUAACAGACGCUCGCGAUGUAUUCCGCUUUAAUUAAUGCAGUGUUAUCCAGCUCGCCUGACUACGACCUUCUUUUUGAGUCUCUUUCCUGGCCGAGUGAGUCGUGGCCAGACACGGAGCGGGUGGAGGCGCUGACAGCUUUCAUUGAGGGACUCGGACCGCUUUUGAUCGAGCCGGACUCGACCUCGUUUCCAGAUGUAAAGAGACGCUGUGUUUUAGAUAAAGUUGAGUCGGUCCUUUGGACCAAGUGUCUGCCUUUCCUCUCCAGAAUUUCGGCUGAAGCAGGUGAAGGUGUGCGGUGCAGGGAGAGCACAGCAGCUGCGUGCAGACUACUGAGUGUGAGUGUACCUCUCUGUAACGAGGCUGUGUGCAGGCGAGUUUGUCAGUCCAUCCUGCCCUCACUCCAUCUGUCAGAGGAAGAGCUGACCUCUCCGGGAAGACUCAGUGUGGAGGUUGCGAGUGAAGUGGUAGCUGCUCUUCUGCCGUUUCUGGCAGCAGAUGAACAGCUCACACAUACCACCGUGUCUUCUAGUCUCUCUUCCAUCAGGACACUCCCUGAUGCACUGGUCUCCAAGCCAGUCAGGGUCAUCUUAAGUCUGCUGAACUGCCUCAGCAGUGAGCGGUUAAUAAGCAUCCUCAAGCUCAUCCUGGAUGAUCUAUGCAGCUGGCACUCCACCAACCGCACUCCUGCGGUUACAGAGCGCACUCUGCUGUGUUUGACAGCCCUGUCAGACCACCUCCUUAAACCUCACCACCACCUUCCCUCUUCCUGCUGCUCUGACUCCGACCCUCGUCUGUCCCUUCAGUUCUGGAGGAUGGUUCAGGAUGGACUGAUCCACAGAGACAGCGUGUCAAGAAAGAGAGCACUGUUCCUGCUGAAAAGGUGUGCAGCCCUGUCUGAAGAGGAUGGAUUAGACUGUCCUCUUUCUGCAACAGGGGAAGAUGAGAACUUGUUUAAAUGGGCUUUCAGCAAGAGCAAGCUGCUCAGAGAGUUCUGGGAGGAUUACGUACUGGUGAUGGAGACUCUAGAGGAAAACCAAAUUCACGUGGUCCGGCCAGUUUUAAACAGGAUAGACACACUGAUCCAAACAACAGCGAAUGAUGAUCAAGGUCAAGGACUCUUCCACCCCUCCUGGCUGCUGUGUGUGUACCAGCGCAUGUUCCACAGUGAGAAUAAAUCCUUAAUGCGAGAAGGAGUGUGUCAUCUGCUCGAGCUCCGGGUUCUUCAGCAGCCGACUUUUGCUUUGGCCUUUUCUCAGUUCAUCGUUGGCCCCUUUAUGGAUGUUCUCUCGGAAACAUCCCUCUUCCACAGGUCAGUUGGUCAGAGUGUGGGAGACUGUCCCGAACUGGGGGUUAAACUUGAAGUCUUUCUGGCUACCUUCUUCAGUAGCCUGCCAACAGAGCAUAGAGGUUAUGUCUUGCUUCAGCUGAUUCAGCAGCUGGGCUCCAAACACUGGUGUGCAGUUCCCCUCCUCUUCCUCUGUCAGGCCCUGUCCAAACUUCCCCCAUGUCCACUACUGGGGACCAGCGGGCUCACUGCUCUGAGGGACGUCCUACGCUGCACCAUGAUCACUCAUCAAGUCCUCUUAAGAGGAGCUGCCCAGUGCUUCCUGCUGAACAGUGCCCUCUCUCUCACAGUUGUGAGUGAAGUUACCCUCGAUGAUGUUUUUAGCUUCCUGACGCAUUUCCGUGCAGACGAGUCGCUGUGUAGAGGGACGCAGCUUUGGAAGCAGCUGUGUGCUUGGCUGUUGGAAAAUGAAGGCAGUUUCAAGCCCAGGAUUACAGAUGAAGAUUGCACUGGUGCUUUAACGAGUAAGGAAACCAUAAGAGCUUAUGUUCAAGGCGAAAUAGUCUCCUAUCUUCGAGUCCCAGCUAGCACAGGUCAGACCGAGAGGUUACCUGACUCCAGGGAGGCCGAUAAGUUGGCCAGAGCUAUUCUGCUGUGUGUGGACAUGGAGAGGGGUCAAUCUGGGGCAGAGAUCAGCAACACCCUGGAGUCACUUUUAUCACCACUGCUGGAGACCCUGAGCAGAGUCAGCACCAAUAUCUACUUGCCUCUGCGUAAGAGUGACAAGAGCCUGCAGCUGGUGCUCAGACUGUUCCAGCUCGGAGAAAUCCCAAGGAGUCAACAGGACGGAGCGGAGCAAGGGGACAGUGUGAUGGUAUCUACUGAGAUGGCGAUUUUAAGGCUUCUUGAUCCCAUCCAGGAGUUCAUCUUUAGGCGGCUGUGUGGGGAAUUGCAGGAGGUGUUUGAUAUCGAGCGAGCAGAGCUCUAUCUUUAUGUCCUGAGGCAGCUGGUUGUCAUGUGUCGCUCUAUGCCACAAUACCACAACAAGAUUCCUCACAGUGGUUUCUCUAAACUGAUUAAGUACGGGCUCACAGUCCUGCGAGAACCAGACCAGCAGGUCCCCUCUUUAGCAUACCAGGUAACUAGAGCAGUUACUAUGGCGUCGCUGGCCACGGUGUGUGGUGUUAUGGAGCAUGAAGUGAUUGACAAACAACCAGAGACAGUUUCUGCUCUGAAAUCACUGAAUGAAUACUUCUACAGCCCAAAGCUGCCUUCCUCACACAGUCAGACAUCUCUAGGAAAUGUCAAUCAAUGUCUACUGAAACCAGAGACAAUAGACUGUGAUCUGGAAGUUCAAGAUCUGCUACAGGACUGGGGACGCUUCUCUGCCAACUUUAUGCGAGACCAGUGGAUUUGUCUGAAUUUCCUGAUUAAGGCUUUUGGAAUUCCUGAGUCUGUAGAAGCAGCUGAGACUCUCAAGGCUGCUUUGAGUUGCAGUGUGGAGGCCCUGGCUCUCCUGCCCAGUGACUUGGUGCUCCCUGUAUUCACCUUUAUGGAGACAGUCCUGCCGCAAUUAGUGCGUGAUGAAGAGGCCCUGUGUGUGGAGGCUGUGAGUCUGAGCUGGGAGCUGGUACAAGGCCUGAGCACUAAUGCCAAUGACUUCUGGCCAGCACUUAAAGGCUUCAUCUCCACGGCUUUCCACCAUAAACUGCUUCAGCUGACACAAGCUCAGUCUCCGACCCUGGCGGCCACUUUGAAACAGAUCGCCCGUGAUCUGAUGGAGUUGUCUCAGUCAAAGAGUGGAGUUUUUGGCGUACUGCUUCAACACUGCUGUCAGAUGUGGCUGCCUGCAGGUGGAGGCAGCGGUGACCAGGCCGACACGGUGUUUUCUAGUAUUUUCAACCACAUCAGCAUAAUUACAGAAGCUUGUGUUUACGGUCCAGUGUUCAGGAGAGAUCAACGACUCGUCCAGGAUGUCCAAAUAUAUGUGGAGCAACUUGGUGAAAAGUGUGCAGCUAAUGUCGCAGUAACGAGUGAUAACAGAGAUGAUCAGUUGCCUCGCACAUGUGUUCUGGCUUUCCUGUGCCACCUGGAUUCUUCUAAUCUCCAGCAUCAAAGACUAAUGGAGGAAGUGGCAAUGGAGCUGUUGAAAAAGGAUAAUGAUAUAUCAAGGUCAAAAGUGCGUUACUACAGCAACUCCCUGCAACAUCGUGUUAAAAACCGAGUAUGGCAAACACUGCUGCUGUUGCUGCCCAAACUCCGAGAGGAGUUUGUUGCCACGUUGUGGGGUCGUGUGUUUGAAGCGGGAUUUUGCAGUAACCAGGCUUCUGUCAAGUACCUGAUCGAAUGGAUGAUGAUUCUGAUCCUUGUCCGAUAUCCACAACACACUGACAGCUUUUGGUCCUGCUUCAGCCUGGAUCACGAAAAGACUAAGACGAGCGUCUGCACUUUCUUAUCUGUUCUCGUACAUUUCAGUGUCAUCUUUCCUAAUCUUGAAGAAAAGGCGGCGCAGUUGCGAAAAGCACUAGACGUCAUCCUGCAGUCGUGUUUUAACCAUAACUUCAGCGUGCGCCUGUAUGCCUUACUGGCUCUGAAAAGGGUGUGGAGCCUGGCGGAAAACCACGUGGAAGAGGCAGAUGGUUUAGGGGGGCUUUCCUCUGUGAUCAAGGCCUGUCUGAACCAGGCUGAAGCCAUGCAGAGCACUGGAAAUGCCAACAAAAACUGGACGAGGAUUCAGGAGCACUUCUUCUUUGGUGCCUUUCAUCCAAUCAGGGAUUACAGUAUUGAGACAAUAUUCUGUACGUUUCCCAGUCUUUCUGAGUUGGCUGAUGAUGAGUGGAUACCACCCUGGAAAUUUGAGAAACUCUCAUAUUUCUCAGAAGGUCCAUCUUUGCCUUUGAGAAAUCCUGCUCUUGAUCUGAACCAGCUUCAACCUGGAGACUGGAUCCAGCAAGACAGAAGUGAGCAGGAUAAGGAGGAACGCUGGGCUGAGGUGCAAAAGAAGAUCACGCCCUGGAGACUGGGCAUCCAGGAGCAGGAGCCUGAACUUCAGCUGGUUCCACCACAGAGGGCUGCUAGACUGGGAAAACUGCACGGUGCCUUGCUGGUUGUGGCCUCGCUUAUCGACAAGCCCACCAAUCUGGGAGGUCUCUGCCGGACUUGUGAAAUAUUCGGUGCCAGCGCUCUGGUUCUGGAUAGCCUCCGCCACGUGAAUGACAAAAACUUCCAGUCCCUGAGCGUCUCAGCUGAGCUGUGGCUUCCUUUGUUAGAGGUGAAGCCAAUGGAGCUCACUGAAUUCUUGCAGGUGAAGAAGAGUGAAGGUUACUGCAUUGUGGGAGUGGAGCAAACAGCCAACAGUCACAGCCUCCAGGAGUACCAGUUCCCUGAAAAGACCCUGUUGCUUUUAGGCAAUGAACGUGAAGGUAUUCCUGCCAACUUACUCCAAAUGUUGGACGUGUGCGUGGAGAUCCCUCAACAAGGCAUCAUCCGCUCACUCAACGUGCACGUGAGCGCUGCCCUGUUAAUCUGGGAAUACACGCGACAACAUCUCAGCUCUGGCUCGGCAGAGGUCGACUCAAAACGCAGCUGAUGAAGACACCUGAUGCUGACCUCUCUUGCCGAUCUCCUGAGAAAAGUAUUUCCUGGGGAGACUUUAAAUGAAGGCGUAAAGCUUCUUCACAUCAUGACCUCAAGGGCUUUCUGUCGAGACAGCGUGGUCAGGAGCCAUCGGCGCUGCUCUCAGGCCUUAAUGAGAGUCAUGAAUAAAGAUCUGCCCUGGCUAUUAUGUCUAAAUGUUCCACUCUGCUUGCUGUCAUAUUAAUGAAGACAAUGUCUGUGUUAGAAGAGCCAAAGCAUCAAUGGAAAUUUUCCCCUUUGGAGGCUGACUAUGGAGCUUUGGGACUGAAUUAUAAUGACAGUAUUCAAUGAGAUGUACUUAAUCUUUAAAUACUGCUUGGAUUCUUCUAAAUGUAUAAAUAAACAUGACUCUUGUUUUUUAUGUUGACCUGUAUUUAAUGAUUUGUGAUUUUCUAUAACACAUUCAGCACUGAAAGAGUUAAAUAAGGUACAGCAGGUGCUCAUACGUCCCCCUCCCUCCCCUUAAAACCUGCAGACCUUCCGGGCAGAGCAGGAGCAGAUGGAGUAGCUUACAUGCGAUAACAGUUGUGUAUUUUCCUGUGGAGACGGGCUUGUACUCGACUCAUCAUGUGAGGAUAGUAGUUAUUUGACUGGGAUAUGGACGAUCCGGGUGGCUCCUGGUUGGAGCCCAGGUUGUUCCUGCAGGUAGCAACUACUGUGAGUGCAAACUGGACUGAAGGCUCGGAGCUGGGGGUGUCCAAGCAGACCCAGCUGGUCCUGGAGAUCCUCAUGGUGCUGAUGUGUUUGGGCGCCGUGACAGGUACAGACUCAUCUGCUGAUACUUAAUUGCCAAUUAAGGUAUUUUAAUUACUAAAAAUUUUGUGAUCUUCUCAUAUCCAUAAAGUGGA